AUGGGUAUACUAGAUGGAGCUGACAACAGAGUCAAGAUUAUAUACUUGCUCUGUAUAUUGUUAUGUAUUAUGGCUAUUGUAUCGGCAGUAUCAACAUUCUUGAUUGGUAUCAUUAUUUGUAUUGCUACCUUUUUGGUUGCCGCUGCUGGAGCAAUGGGUGCAAGAUUCAAUAGUUUCCGUUUACUUUGGUUCUUUAUGGCCGGUCUUGGAUGUCUCGUCAUCUUGUCUGUCAUUUCAAUCAUCAUUACUUUUAUUACUAAAUCUGGUUUCAGUUGGUGGAUGAUCAAGGAUAUCAUUCUUAUUGCUUUAUAUGGUGGUGGUAUUUUCACUGCUUUCUUGAUGAGAGGAAGAUCAUUCAGAUACAACCCAAGUGCUCCAGCUACCUUCCAAAAACUUUAA